AUGCGCGCGCGCGCACGUGCACGCACCAGUGCGGGAGAACAUUUACCAGUUGGAGCUGGAGCGCACCAGAUGUGUGGACUUCCUGUAAUUCAGAGUCCGGGACGAGGCGGAAGCUCGUGUGUUUAUUAUCUGGAGGUGAAACAUCUCCCAUAAUCCAACUGGAUGAAACUGUCAGAGAUCAGUGUAACCUCAUUCAGUCAUCCACUCAUCUUUUCAUUUGUUCAUCUGGAGCCUCGUGCGCUUUGAGCUGUUACCAAACCGGCCUCGUGCUCUGCGGCUCUGACUGAUGUUCUGACCCAGUUUCUGGCUUUAAAAACACAGACGGAGGCGCACAGGAUGCGCUGCGGUCAGAGGACAGGGCGGCCGUGCUGACGCGCUCCAUUGUGCUCGGACUGUCGAUGAAAAGCUCCCUCAACUCUCUGUUUGUGUUUGUUGCUUUAAGUGGACUCAGCACAGAGACGGACGGCCCGUGUCCACAGAGCGGACACAUCCUACGGACCGUGCAGUCGGCAGAGCGAUGAGAGAAGCUGAAGCACCAGGAGCAAAGCAUGCUGGGCCGUUAGAGGGGCUUCUGUUUUCUGUUAAAUAUCUGACCACUUCCUGUUCACACGUUAAAUGUGAUCACACCCAAACUUGAGAUUGGUGUUAAAUGAAAAGUCCGAGCAUCAGCAAAGUUUCCAGAACUUUUCCUCAAGUUUCCUUAAACAUCUGUAACUAAAGCCAGCGCAUUUCAGUUGUGCUGCUCUGACCAACAUGUGUCUGUACGAUGGCAGCCGACACCACGCAACCUCAGAAAUAAGCAUAAAGGAGAAUUUCUCUCUUUGUGACAGUGUCAUAAAACCUGAGACUUACAGACUUUGUAAAAGCAGAAUUAGACUUUGCUGUAAGUCGGAGCAGGUUGAUAAAUUCUUCUGUAAAGAUUCGUUUACUCUGAAAAACUGACAAUUUUUUUUUUUAAGCUUAACUUUAAAUGAGAUCACACCCAGCAACCUGAUUCCUCCUCUUCAUCUUUGUGGUCAGUUUGAAAAUAGCAUCCUGUGCAGACGUUAGUGCAGUGAACGUGUGUGUGUGUGUGUGUGUGUGUGUGUGUGUGUGUGUGUGUGUGUGUGUGACCAGUUUCAGUGUUUACUGCAGACUAAGUGGUGUGUGUAGAUAACAGCUGGACCACACCUCCUGUAAUCACUCUGCUAAUUUCGGAAGACUCACAAUCUCAGUCUUUCAGUUUUAGUCAUGAUGUUGCUCCAGCUUCUUCUGCAUCAGGCGGCGGGGGCGGGGGUGGGGGUUGACUGACCCGUGUGGAUGCCAUAGCAAAUAAACACAAACAGGGUGGAGGAAGAGCUGGCUGCCAAGAUAAAGUCUUUAAUAACCACAACAGGAGCAAACUGGAGCUAAAUUAUAAAUGUUUGUAAAAUUAUGUGGACUGAAAUAACUCUGGUGUGUGUGUGUCUGUGUAUGUGUGUGUCUGUCUGUGUGUCUGUGUGUGUGUGUGUGUGUGUAGUUUGCUGUUGUAUUAAUGCUAAAACACCAAAAUGUGUGACGGCGUUUUCAGAUGGAGGACAGAGGCGGCAGGUGUCGGCGCAGCAUGUACGUCAACAUGCUGACAAACAACAUUCCUGCAGCAAAACACAAUCAGCUCCGAGCCUGGAAAGCUCAUCAGGUCAUGAGCGCGCGCACACACGCACGUGGAGGAAAAUAAUUCAUGAUGUCACGUAGUAGAUGAAACACAGAAUGAAUGUAAAGCUUGCAGCUCAGGUCAGAGCAGAGCUGUACUGCCCCCUGCCGGCGCUUCUCACGAACUGCAAUGAGCGGCGCUCAGUUCUCAGACCAUCCUGCGUCUGGGACGUAAAACACGGCGAUAAGGUGUGUGUAUGUGUGUGUGUCUGUGUGUGUGUGAGUGUGUGUGAGCUUUGCAUUAACUCGUGCACAUCAUAUCAGAUCUCCCGUCGGACCCAUCCUCCUGCUGUGUGUGUGAAACACUGUGCAGGUUUUAUUAAAGGGACCAGUCGCGGCUCCAGAUCCGCCCCUUCCAUUCAGCGUGGACGCAUUUUGCACCAAGUGUGUCCAAGAUGACGGCGAACAGCAGGUACAGGAGCCGCGCGCCCCGGUCAGAUGACGGAGAGGAAAAAGACUAUGUUGGUUUUGCGACGCUGCCGAACCAGGUGCACAGGAAGUCAGUGAAAAAAGGAUUUGACUUCACCCUCAUGGUGGCAGGCGAGUCUGGUCUGGGUAAAUCCACCCUGGUGAACAGCCUGUUCCUCACUGAUCUGCAUAAAGACAGAAAGCUGCUGAACGCUGAGGGUGAGUCUCUGCUCAGUCAGACGUCUCCGUGCCUGCCUUCACAGAUCAGACUGAAAACUCAUCUCUGCGUGUUGGUGGUUUCAGAGCGAAUCAGUCAGACGGUGGAGAUCACCAAGCACACGGUGGACAUUGAGGAGAAGGGGGUGAAGCUGAAACUGACAAUUGUGGACACGCCAGGUUUUGGAGAUGCUGUCAACAACACCGAGUGCUGGAGGCCUGUCACAGACUACAUCCACCAGCAGUUUGAACAGUACUUCAGAGACGAGAGUGGACUCAACAGGAAAAACAUCCAGGACAACAGAGUGCACUGCUGCCUCUACUUCAUACCGCCGUUUGGACACGGGCUUCGUCCGGUUGACAUAGAGUUCAUGAAGGCCCUGCAGGACAAGGUCAAUGUGGUUCCUCUCAUCGCUAAGGCGGACUGCCUCAUUCCCACUGAGAUCAAGAAACUCAAGGAGCGGCUGAGGGAAGAGAUAGAUAAAUACGGGAUAAAGAUCUACCAGUUCCCUGACUGCGACUCUGAUGAAGAUGAGGAGUUUAAGCAGCAGGAUAAAGAGCUGAAGGAGAGCACGCCGUUUGCAGUGAUCGGCAGCAACACUGUGGUCGAAGCCCGAGGUCAGAGAGUGAGAGGGAGGCUCUACCCCUGGGGCAUCGUGGAGGUGGAGAACCCGUCCCACUGCGACUUUGUGAAACUGAGGACCAUGCUGAUAAGGACCCACAUGCACGACCUGAAGGACAUCACCAGUGACUGCCACUACGAAAACUACAGAGCUCAGUGCAUCCAGACCAUGACCAGUAAGAUGAAUGCAGAUAAGCGGGUGGAGAGCCCGAUCCCCAUCCUGCCGCUGACCACACCAGACGUGGACACAGAGAAACUCAUCAAAAUGAAAGACGAAGAGCUGAGGAGGAUGCAGCAGAUGCUUCAGAAGAUGCAGCAGCAGAUGCAUGAGCAGGACCUGUGACCCCUGACCUCUCGUCUUACAUCUGUGACCUUUAGACCUUUUUAUUUAGGACACAAAGCGAAAGCAGAUCAAACACAGACCUGAGCCGUCCCUGUUGUCAUCUCUUCAGGGGACGGGAUGAAGAAAACGUGAGACGGUCAAUAUUUCACCCGAUUUGUCCAAACACUGGUCACAGAGAAGCAGUAGGUGAGCGACAGGUGAAUCUGAACUUCAUUUACGUGUUUUGGUUUUCUAGAACCUUUCAGAAACUUUUUUACUGCAGUUCUUUGCCAAGUGAUUGUAGUUAGGCAACAGAGAGUAGAACGCACUUCAUUACCUUUAGAUCACAGUAGAUUAACAACUAUGUUUUGUAUGUUCAUUUAGCCGUUAGUGCACUGGUGUGUGUGUGUGUGUGUGUGUGUGUGGCUGAUGGUAUGUUGCUGUUGGCUUUUCUUAUUCUCCCGCCGUGCUCCUGGUUUAUGGCGCUACGGCUAACGGGCGUCACUCAUGUUCUACGGACAGAGACGACUUCACGUCCUCACAUCAUGACUCUUACAUUAAUAAGUUUCCAUCAAAACUUACUGCAAAUUUUAACCAGCUUUCCAGAAAAGCCUCCAGAGAAAUACCGACAGCUCGUUUCCCUCCUCUCCUGCUGUGAACGUGAGCUGACUGGAGACAAACAGCUGGUGGAGCUGAUUCUCAGUCGCUGCCAUUAAACCACAGCAGAAGAAGAAGAGCUGAUUCAAAGCGCUGCAGUCAUCUGUGAUCCUCUCAGUCUUUUGUAAAACUGGUUUCCUGUUUUUAAUGCAGGUGC